AUGGCGCAUUUCUAUCCAGUUGGGAAGCCUGGCACUAAAUGGGAGGUGCCGGAAAGAGAGGAGUGGCUGGCAAGACAGAACGUAAAACGGUCCUACCACGAGGAGGUGGUCUCAAAGAUCAAGAAGCUUGAGGGCGAUUUUGAGGUUGUUCAAUACGGUGCCCUCUCCUAUGACACAGAGAAAUACCCCCUUUUUGCAAUCAAGACGCAUGGCUUUGGUACGACCGGCAAGCCCGUUGUUCUGAUCACCGGCGGCGUUCACGGAUAUGAGACCAGUGGAGUGCAAGGGGCUCUCCGGUUUCUUGAAUCCCGGGCCAAAGACUACGCAGGUGACUUCGAUAUCUUGGUGGCCCCAUGCGUGAGUCCGUGGGGGUAUGAGACCAUCAACCGCUGGAACCCCAAAGCAGUGGACCCAAACCGAUCGUUCAAGCAGGAAUCGGAGUCUGAAGAGGCAACCGCCGUCAUGAAGCUGGUAUCAAGUGUAAAGUCGCCAGUGCUAAUGCACAUAGAUCUCCAUGAAACCACAGAUACGGACGAGAGUGAGUUUCGCCCUGCGAAAGCCUCCCGCGAUGGCACAGAGUACGUUCCCGACGGGAUACCUGACGGUUUCUACACUGCGGCUCAGUGCAAACUGAUAUGA